GUAUUGACUUUCAUUCAUAUCUCUGUGUGUCAGUAAACAUUUCACAUUACGAAACCUCUCCAAAAAAACAAUUAAUUAACAGAGGUGACCUUAAUCAGAUUAAGUAGAUUUGUCGUUGUCGUAAGUUUACUCAAAAUUGGACUGCAGAAUGAACAUCAAUUUUAAUAACAAAACUAUUGUUGUUACCGGAGCUGGGCAAGGUAUAGGUAACGAGCUGUGCAAAAGAUUGUACCAACAUGGUGCCAAGAUUUAUGCCUUUUCGCGGUCGAAAGGUCCAUUGGAUGAGCUGAAAAAGGAGUGUCCCAAUGUAAAUGUUUGUACCGUCGAUCUCGGUAAUUGGAACGACACCAUCGAAGCUCUGAAAGUUCUUGAUGGAAUCGAAAUCGAUGGAUUGGUGAAUAAUGCAGGUGUAGCAAUUAUAAAGCCAUUUUUGGAAUUAACGGAAAAGGACUUUGAUGAUCAGUUCAACGUGAACUUCAAGGCAGUGUUUAACGUAACCCAACAAAUUGUACCACGACUCAAAUCCGGCGCCAGUAUUGUGAACGUUUCGUCACUUGCUGGCAAGAUUGGAAUCGACGGUCAUAGUGUUUACUCCGCCACAAAGGCUGCAUUAGAUUCCCUAACCCAAAGUUUGGCAUUGGAACUGGGACCACGAAACAUUCGAGUCAACAGUGUCAAUCCCACUGUUAUUUUGACAAAAAUGGGACGCGCAAACUGGAGUGAUCCGGCCAAAAGUGAACCGCUACUGAAAAACAUACCGUUACAUCGGUUCGGAGAGGUCUUCGAAGUUGUUGAUGCGAUUGUAUAUUUUUUGAGUGAAAGAUCGAGUUUUGUUAACGGUCAUGCGCUGCCUCUGGAAGGAGGGUAUUUGGCUUGUUAAAGUCUUUUUUACUCAACGGAAAUAAAUGAUUGCAGUCACGUUACAAGA